UUCAUCAUAGUUGUCUUCUUUUUCCAAGUCAACCCUGUGAACCUCUUCCCCAGACCCACGCCACGAUUCUGUUAAUAACCAGUCGUCUUCCUCCGCAGUCAACUGUGCAUACAUUCGAACUGCCUGAUCGAAUCGAGCACCUGCCUCGGAUAUUCCCCUCAUUUCUCGCUGACUCUUCCCUUAUUUAUUAACACUCAUCCUCCAAUCCAAUUUGUCUCCCCCCAUCGCCAAAACAAUCAGGCAUGGGGCAGAAGAGGGGAAGAGGAGCUGCACACGUAAUUACAGCUUUCCUCUCGCUGGUGGUGAUGGCGGCCGGCCGCAGUGAAGCGGGGGCGACCAGUUCUUACGUGAGGACGCCAGGGAAAUCCGAGGACAUGCCGGCCGACGCCGAUGUCUUCGCCGUGCCUCCGGGUUACAAUGCUCCUCAGCAGGUACACAUCACCCAGGGGAGUCUGAAGGGAGAUGCAGUGAUCAUUUCAUGGAUCACAGUGGAUGAGCCUGGAUCGAGUGUGGUUCAUUAUGGCACUUCUCAACAAACCCUCAACUACACUGCCAAGGGCAAGUACACUACCUACAAGUACUACAACUAUACAUCAGGAUACAUCCACCACACAACUAUCAGGAAACUGAAGUAUGAUACAAAAUAUUACUAUGCUGUUGGAGUCGAUCACACAGUGAGGACAUUUUGGUUCACAACUCCUCCUGAAGUGGGUCCAGAUGUACCCUAUACCUUUGGCCUUAUAGGGGAUCUAGGCCAGACUUUUGAUUCAAACAUCACACUCUCGCAUUACGAUUCGAAUCCAAACGCGCAGACUGUGCUCUACUUGGGUGACUUGUCCUAUGCCGAUAACUUCCAGGAUCAAGUCAAGUGGGAUAGAUGGGGUCAGUUCAUCGAGCGAAAUGCAGCCUACCAGCCCUGGAUUUGGACUGCAGGGAAUCACGAGAUAGAAUUUCUUCCUAAAUGGGGUGAAAUCGAACCUUUUAAGUCAUACUCCCACAGGUUUCAUGUACCCUACAAGGCCUCUAAUAGCACAGCUCCAUUUUGGUACUCCAUUAAGAGAGCCUCUGCCUACAUUAUUGUCUUGGCUUCUUAUUCAGCAUACGGAAAAUACACUCCUCAGUAUCAGUGGCUUUCAGAUGAGCUAAAGAAGGUGAACAAGAGUGAGACGCCUUGGCUGAUAGUGCUGAUGCAUGCACCAUUUUACAACAGCUACAACUACCACUACAUGGAAGGAGAGAGCAUGAGAGUCAUGUUUGAGCAAUGGUUUGUGGAAAGCAAAGUUGACCUUGUCUUUGCUGGCCAUGUCCAUGCCUAUGAGAGAAGUUUUAGGGUAUCGAACAUAGCAUACAACAUCACAAAUGGAGAGUGCUCACCCAUUGCAGACCAAUCAGCUCCUGUUUACAUCACCGUGGGUGAUGGAGGAAAUAUCGAAGGCCUUGCCAACAACAUGACAGAGCCACAGCCAAGCUACUCUGCUUUCAGAGAAGCCAGUUUUGGGCAUGCCAUCUUGGAGAUCAAGAACCGAACCCAUGCCUAUUACACUUGGCACAGGAACCAGGACGGCAAUGCAGUGGCCGCUGACUCAACAUGGUUUUACAGCAGAACCUAACAUUAAAAAGAUGGCAAGGAUCCGGAGCUAUGAACCAAUAUGCUGGUGUUUUCUUCAAAAAUAAAUAAAUAAAUAUGAUGGUAUUUCAUUGGCCAUUUGUUUUUUUGUUUUUUUUUACAUUUUUAUUCUGUUUUGUGAUUUCUUCCCUAUCAGCUGGGUGCAUUUUGUGGUCGUCUUUUGCUAUCA